AUGUCUGCCCACGGCCGUCGUCUCAAGGCCCUAAGUGGCGUGCAUGGCCAGCAGCAACAGCACGCAGUCGCGCCUCGCGUUGCGGAAAUCCGCGCAUGUGCCGUGCCCCUGCCCUUCCGUCUCUGCCCCACCUGCCUCUCUGCGAGAGCCACCCACCUCAUCGCCCUCACGGCCCGCUGCCUGCUCACACGCGCCAUGGAUCGCAAACCGGAGGGAGGUCACAAACUCCGACGCGCACGGCGCAAACCACUUCGUGCAAGCGACGACCAGCAGGGCGCAGCACAGCAGGCAGCACCGCACGAGGCUACCAGCAGGGCUUCUAAGCCGCCUGGCUCCUCCACGGCUUCUCCCAGCAUGCGCCGCGGCAAGUCGGCUUUUGAUGCGCCUCAAAAGGCAUCCAAGCCGGCCGGCGCCUCCUCCGCGCCUGCGCCCAGCACGCGCCGCGGCAAGGCGGGGCGUGCUCCCAAGGGUCCUACUGCGGCAGCGGGGGAAGCAAGGGAGGCAGAAGAGGGAGGGGUGGGAGGGACGCUGUGCGAGUUGGAGCAGCACGUGCUGCCAUGGCGUGUGGACGACAUCUGUAACGACCAGCUCCUCUCCGCCCUCGUGCGGCCCAUCCCCACCACCUUCACAGACGUGCCCACCUACCUCGCUGCUUUCCGCUGGCCGCUCAUCGACGAGUGCCGCGCCUCCCUCAAGCGCGCCCUGCACGACCUCCCUCCCGCCUGCUCCCUCCCUGUCACCGUGCGUGCUCUCACACGCGUGGACGGUGGGACGGUGGGUGACUCGAGUGGACGGGUGGACAGCACUGUCGGUUUCUGCUACGUGGACUUGGAGGUGUGCCGCGCGGUUGGGAUCGGUGAGGAGGGUGGGACCGGUGAGGCGGGGAAGGCAGGUGCAGCAGGGCAGCGUGGGGAUGGUGGAGGGGCGGAGCUGAAGCGCACAGACGCUGCCCUAGUGCACAGGCGCGCGGGUGGAGGGGCGGAGGCGGAGCUGAAGCCCACAGACGUGCUGCUGCUGUCCUCUGUGCCCCCCUCUCGCCCACCCGCGCUGCUCGCCCCAGGAGUGCUGCACUUCCUGGCACUGCUCGUGCCGCUGCGGGGCAGGGGGCUGCGCGGCAAGAUAGUGGCUCGUGAUGGCUCACGUGAGCACAUCGCGCUCAGGGCGGCAGUGGAGGGCGGUGAGCAGGCGGGUGCAGUGGCAGUGCGGUGGUAUGCCACCCCGCUGGGCUGCCUGGCCACGCCCCUGCGCGUGUGGGCUGCGCUGCAGGGAGGGGAGGAGGGAGAGAGGCAGGACGUGGUGAGGCGGAGGAGGAUGCUGAGAGCGCUGCUGUGCUCGAAGGAGAGGCAGCAGGGGAGGCUCAAGGCUGGAGCGAGGAGAGGAGGCUCGGAGUGGAGGGAGGUAAGGCACGAAGGGGUCUGGGAGGGGAAAAGAGGGAGGGGUGUGGUGGUGGUGGUGGGGACAUGUCGCAUCAUAUCUUUGUUACGCUCAACUGAUUUUUUCCUGUACCGUUCCUUUCUGCGCUCACCUUCCCCUCUCCCUCUGCAGCAAGGCUUGGCGGUGGCUCCAGCCAUUGCAGUGGCACCUCACGAGGCAGCAGCUGUGCUGCAAGCUGUCUCCAACCUCUGCACUACCUGCCAGCUCAACCACUCCCAGCACGCAGCCGUUCUCUCCUGCCUCUCCGCCCUCCUGCCCACCCCCACCCCUCCGCCUGCUACCGCUCUCCUCUCCCCACCCCCCACCAAUCCCGAUUCCACCCCACUCCUGCCCUCCUCCUUCUCUGCAGCACUCCCCUCCUCCUCCUCCCCCCCGCAGCCCCUACAGCUGGUGCAAGGGCCGCCAGGCACAGGCAAGACGCACAUGCUGGCGGUGCUGCUGUGGGCGGUGCUGUCCCUAGGCGUGCGCACGCUCGUCUGUGCGCCCACCAACGUGGCAGCCGCCGAGGUGGCCCGCCGCAUGCUGCGCCUUGCUCUCGCUGCUGACCCACCCCUGCUCCUCCCACAGCGCUUCUGCCAACCACAGCCUGCUCAGAGCGGGGGUGGCAGGGCAGCGACAGGGGCAGCGACAGGGGCAGGGGCAGGGGCGUGUGGAGAGCGGGUGCAGGUGGGGGACAUGGUGCUGGUGGCGAACGAGGAGAGGGUGGACGUAGACGGCGAGCUCAGCAUGCUGUUUCUGGGCACCCAGGAUGGGGGCGGCAGCGGCGCACGCAGGGGGCGAGUGUGGCGGCUGCAAGCGGCUCUUAGUGGGCUGACUGGGUGGAGAGGCGCGUUUUGUGGUCUCAUGGGCGUGCUGCAGUGGACGGGCGAGCAGCUGCGCGUGGAGUAUGAGGGGCAGGAGGGAGAGUGCGGGGAGCAUGCGGAGGAGCAUGGGGAGUGCCUUACAGGUGACAAGGUGGCAGUUGGAGGGGGUGGUGGAGGGCAGAGUUGCAGGGGGGAUGGCAAGGCGGAGAACAGCGGUGGCAGGAGGCGUGAGGCUGCUGACCUGCUGAGCUUCUUCCGAGAGCGAGUGGGGAAGCUGGUGAACCAUGCCUCGGAGGCAGCAACCACUCUGGCCCAGGACCUGCCGUCCGCCCUCCUGCCGGCUCACCACCACGCGCUGCUGCUGCAGGCAGCUGACCUGCUGCCUGCGCUGCUGCACGUUCUGGCGUGCCCUGGGCUGGCGCCUACUGACGUCCUGCAGUGGCUGGAUGAUGCGGCGAGGAGGACUGCGAGGCAGGAGAGCAAGGGGGUGCGUGCAGUGCUGCAGGAGGCUGCAGUUCUAGCGGGAAUACCCUGUGGGAUUGGUGGGGCCAGCAGCUAUGCCGGGGGAAAGAAUCCUAGGAGGAACACAAGUGUCUUUGCAGCAAGACCGGUCAGCAGCAGCAGCAGCAGCAGCAGCAGCACUAGCAUCACCAAUGAUGCUGAUGCUUCUCUCGAUCAUGCCGCAGAGCUGUUCCAUGCCAUCUGCCACCACCUGCAAAGAAUCCACGCAGCCAGCCCUGCCUUCAAUCUCCCCGGGCUCAGCAGCAGCAGCUCAUCAUGGGAGAGCAUAGCAGACGCAUGUGUGAAGGGCGCGCGCCUGGUUCUGUCCACCGUGUCGUCCUCGGCGCGCUCCCUCAUCCGCCUCUCGGGCGCCUUCCCCCUGCUACUGCUGGACGAGGCCGCCCAGCUGGUGGAGGCGGAGGCGCUCGUGGCUCUGCAGGCGGGCGGCGUGCAGCACGCCGUGCUGGUCGGCGACCCUCGGCAGCUUCCCGCCACUGUCAUGAGCAAGUUGGCGGAAGCAGGUAACUACAACCGCAGUCUAUUUGAGCGGCUGCAAGGCAACGGGUGGGCGGUGCAGCUGCUGAGCGUGCAGUACCGCAUGCACCCCUCCAUCAGCGCCUUCCCCUCGCGCUGCUUCUACCGCGGCCGCAUCCAGAAUGGCGCCAACGUGUGCCGCCCGCAGCACAGUCCGAAGCACCUGCAGCCCCUGUUUGGCGCGUACAGGUUCUUUCACGUGAAGGGCAGGGAGGAGCGGCAGGGCGGGGCUAUGGAGGGUGGCAGCCGCAGCAUUGGCAACUCUGUGGAAGCUGCUCUCGUCCUCACCCUCCUGCACCGCCUCGCUCAUGCAUGCAGAGGAGUAGCUACACACACGCAGGGUGGCACGGGGCUGAAGGUGGGGGUGAUAUCGCCGUACAAGCGCCAGGUGGAAGCAUUGCAAGGGGCAGUGCAGGUGCAGGCGAGGGAAGGCGCGUGGAGGCAGCUUCUGGUGGAGGCGGGCACUGUGGACGGCUUCCAAGGCAGGGAGUGUGACGUCAUCAUCCUCAGCACCGUCCGCUGCAACACGGCUGGAUCGAUUGGAUUUGUUGCUGACCCCAGACGUCUGAACGUGGCGGUGACUCGAGCACACCAUGCCAUGUGGGUGGUGGGCGACGGUGACACGCUAAGGCGGGGCAACCGCACGUGGGAGCAACUGCUGGUGGAUGCGGAGAGGCGCGGGUGUGUGGUGAGUGCACACAGCGACCCAAGGCUGCAAGGGGCUGUUAGGACGGCUCAUGGGGACCGUAGCAAACCAGGCCGGAGAUUUGUAGCACAGUAG